AUGGCUGAUGCGAUAUCCUUGGAGGAGACCAAUGCUCUGCGAGCCAAGCUCGGUUUACCACCGCUAGCUGGUGAUACCGAAGAAACGGUGGAUCCUGAUCGAGUAGCCUAUGAGAAUUAUCAACGCAUGAAACAAGAUCAAGAAAAGGAAGCAAAAGCAAAAGAAAUCAAAGACCGUAUUGAAAAAUCCAAGAAUCGAAAGAAAAACCUGGAGAAAUUACAAGGUAAAGGUCUCGGAGAGGAGACCGAAGAGGAAGACAGUACAUUGAACUGGAUUAGGCGAAGCCGGCAACGUGAGAAAGAAUUGGCGGAAAAGCGGGCUCGCGAAUUAGCCGAAAUGGACGAAUCCUUCGAGAAUGGCGCCAAUGCAUAUACUUCGACCGAUUUGAGCGGCCUUCGAGUGGCUCACGAUUUGUCUCAAUUCGACGAAGGCGGCGAGAUGGUGCUGACAUUGAAGGACAAGAAUAUCAUGGAUGAAGGCGAAGGCGAUGACGAUAUGGACGAAUUGACCAACAUUCAGGUCGAAGAAAAGGAACGCCUCCGAAAGAAACUGGAAGAAAAGAAGAAGAAACCAGGUUAUAAUCCUUAUGACGAUGAAGAAUUUUUAUUAGGAGGAGCUAAACAAAGCAUCUUGCCUCAGUAUGAAGAAGAUGAUGAUAAGAAAAAUCAAGGUUUCACCAUUGGUCAACGAGGCACUAUCAACGUUAAAAAAGACGCUCCCGAAGAAUCUAUUUCGGAAAAAUUAAAAGCGCAAACCCUCGCUUACGAGAAGAUGCAGGAGAUCAAAGACUACUAUACCCAGGAAGAAGUGAGUCUAUCGUUCAAAAAGCCCAAGAAGAAGAAGAAAGUAAGAAGAAAGGCCGCCGUGGAUCCCGAAGACGAUUUGACAUCGGCACCCCCCGCCACAGACGAGUCGGCCCCAUCGACACAGAAUGCGAGCCAACGACGAUCGCCCAUGGACGAUGAGGAAGCCAAUUUUGUGGACGACGAUGAAUUACAAGCUGCAUUAGCCCGGUCACGACGAGCAGCGAAUAAACAGAAGCAAAAACAACUAAAGAAGAUGACCCCCGAAGAAAUUGCACAGAGUAUUGCCGAAGCUCGUGAACAAGAACGAGAGGACGCUCAAGACGAUGAGGGUGGUUUGGUGUUGUCAGAAAUGAGCGAAUUUGUCAACUCAUUGGGCGUCGUACCGGCAUUUGCACGAGAACCUCGCGAGAACCAACGAAGGAGCAGCGAAACACCAGGCAUCGAAAGUCCAGAAACAGCAUCAUCUUCACAUAAACCUGUGACGGCCAUGGAGGAAGAAGAAGAAGAAGAGUCGCCCGAGACAUUGAAAGAACAACCAUCUGCAGAACAAGAAACGAAACUAUCCACAGAAACCGCCGACGAAGCCGGCAGCGGAGAUCAGGCUACGAUCAAAAACGAGCAAGAGCCAGCCACUGUCAUGGAAGAACCUCUUGUGAGUGGAGGAUUAGCGGCGACUUUAUCUUUGUUGACACAAAAAGGAUUCCUUGCGAAGCCCACCCAAGAGCAGAUAGAGAAGGAUAAGCGUACAGCCGCGCAGAUUCGAUGGCAGAAUGAAGAGCGCAAGCGUGAGGCACAAAGAGCAAGAGAACGAGAAAAGGAACGUUUGCGACACAAGGGACGUGAUUCGGAUCGUGGCCGUGAAAGCGAUCGCAAUCGCGAAAAGGAAAGAGAACGAGAACGUGAACGUGAAAGAGAAAUGGAAGAACGCGAACGUUUGCGGGAAGUGGAAGAACGUAUGAAGAAUUACAAGCCCGAUGUCAAUCUUGUGUACGUGGAUGAACAAGGUCGUCAAAUGAAUACCAAAGAGGCAUUCCGUUUCAUGUCCCAUAAAUUCCACGGCAAGACGUCUGGCAAGCUAAAGACGGAGAAACGCAUGCAGAAGAUCGAGGAAGAGUUGAAACUGAAUAUGAUGAGCAGCACCGAUACGCCGUUGAAUUUGGCAGGAGCGCUUCUUGAAAGACAACAACGCACAGGCAGCGCUCAUGUUGUAUUGAGUGUGGGCAAUCGAGGAGUGGUGCCGCCCGAAGUGCCUUUGGCGGUGAAUGGUGAAUCCAGCAAAAAGCGAAAGGCAUCCACAAGUGGCGAAGACUCGGACAAAAAGAAAUCCAAAAAGUAA